AUGGAUCCCUCCAGGAGAUGCUCGGCGAAAGUCCUAUACUGGUUGGCGGUGUGGGUUCUGGUCCAUUUGUUCGUGUUUGCCAACGCGUCACCCCCCAAAGCCUGCGACAAGUCGUGUCUGUCAGGGAAAUGUGUCAACGGGUCGUGCGUGUGCGAGCCAGGAUGGGUGGGCGACCAGUGCCAGCAUUGCCAGGGCAGGUUCAAGUUGAGCGAGCCUUCGGGAUUCCUGACGGAUGGUCCCGUCAACUACAAGUACAAAACAAAGUGUACCUGGCUUAUCGAGGGCUACCCCAACGCCAUACUUCGCUUGCGUUUCAACCACUUUGCCACAGAGUGCAGCUGGGACCACAUGUAUGUUUACGAUGGCGACUCUGUGUACGCUCCGCUGGUUGCUGUUUUCAGCGGGCUUAUCGUACCGCAGUUGAGAGGGAACGAGACUGUCCCCGAGGUGGAGACCACAUCGGGCUACGCACUGCUCCACUUUUUCAGCGACGCUGCCUAUAACCUGACAGGAUUUGAAAUAUUCUACUCGAUCAACUCGUGCCCCAACAACUGCUCGGGCCACGGCAAGUGCACGCCGAGCAACUCUGCGGCCAGCCGCGUGUACUGCGAGUGCGACAAAUACUGGAAGGGGGAGGCCUGCCACAUCCCGUACUGCCGCAACAACUGCGGCAGUCCCGACCGCGGCUACUGCGAUCUGACUGGCGAGAAGCUGUGCGUCUGCAACGACAGCUGGCAAGGCCCCGACUGCUCUCUCCGCGUGCCGUCCGCUGAGGCCUUCUGGGCGCUUCCCGCCGUCAAACCCUUCGGCGCCUCGCUGGGCCGGGCUUCCCACCGGGCCCUUGUGCAGGACAAGGUCAUGUGGGUCGUGGGCGGCUACACCUUCAACGUCACCUCGUUCCAGAUGAUCCUCAACUACAACCUGGAGAGCGACACUUGGAAUACGGUGCCCGUCAACGGCGGUCCCGCGCCCAGAUACAGCCACUCGCUGGCCGUCCACCAGGACGACAUCUACAUGUUCGGCGGCAAGCUGGAAUCCGGUCGGGGGAACGUGACGGACGAGCUGUGGGUGUUCAACAUUCCCGCCCGCUCGUGGCAGCGGCGGAACCCCGCGGUGGGCGCGCAAGUCUACGCGGUGGAGGGCCACACGGCGCACUGCGUAGUCCCUGAAGACGGCCAGGCGGUCAUGCUGGUUAUCUUCGGCUACUCGCCCAUUUACAGCUACGUCAGCAAUGUUCAGGAGUAUAAUCUCAGAAGCAACACUUGGAACGUCCCGGAGACCAAAGGCGCAGUUCCUCUGGGCGGUUAUGGCCACACCAGCACAUACGACCGAGCUGGCGGCAGCAUUUACGUCCAUGGGGGCUACAAGGCGCUGCUGGCUAACAAAUUCGGCCUGGUGGACGACCUCUACCGAUACGAUGUCAACGCGCGGACGUGGUUCAUCCUGCGAGAGAGCGGCUUUCCACGCUACCUUCACUCGGCCGUGCUCCUCAGCGGUACGUUGCUAGUGUUUGGCGGCAACACCCACAACGACACGUCGCUGAGCAACGGCGCCAAGUGCUUUUCCGCAGACUUCCUUGCUUAUGACAUCGCGUGCGACGAGUGGAGUGUUCUGCCGAAACCAGACCUGCGCAGGGACGUCAACCGCUUCGGACACUCGGCCGUAGUCAGCAACGGCUCCAUGGUCGUGUUCGGUGGCUUCUCCGGCGUCCUUCUCCACGACGUGCUGGCGUACCGGCCGCCCAGCUGCCGGGCCUUCGCUACAGAGGAAAGCUGCGCCGGCGCCGGCCCGGGUGUGCGUUGCAUCUGGAGCAGAGGACGCUGCAUUCCCUGGGAAGCUGGCGUAAACGCAGGGACCCUCACGCCAGCCCGCUUUUGCCCACCCAAAGCAGCUACCGUCGACGAGCGAUGCUACCGCUUCUCAGACUGCGCCAGCUGCACCGCCAACACCAACGGAUGCCAGUGGUGCGACGACAAAAAGUGCAUCGCGGCGUCCAGCAACUGCAGUGUUAACGUGAGGAACUUCACCGCUUGCCCCGUGCGCAACGAGCAGGUGUGCAGCAAGCUGGCCAACUGCAAGAGUUGCUCGCUUAAUCUUAACUGUCAGUGGGACCAGAACCAGUCCGAGUGCCACGCUCUGCCAGCCCAACAGUGCAGCGAGGGCUGGAGUCAAGUGGGCGAGGCCUGCUUGCGAAUCAACUCCAGCCGCGAGAGCUACGACAACGCCCAGCACUACUGCAAGAAUCUCCACGGCAACAUCGCCUCGCUCACCACCGCCAAGCAAGUGGACUUUGUUCUGGACCAGCUCAACAAGUUGCAGCAGCAGGACAAGCGUUUGUCGCCCUGGGUGGGUCUGCGGAAGAUCAACGUGUCGUACUGGGGCUGGGAGGAUAGCACGCCGUUCACCAACAGUAGUCUACGCUGGCUGCCCGGCGAGCCCAGCGACUCGGGCUUCUGCGCCUACCUGGAGGAGCCGCGGGUGUCGGGCCUCAGGGCCAACCCGUGCACUGCCACAGCCCACGGACUCAUCUGCGAGAAAGCCACAGGAAACCCCAACCAGAGCUCGCGCCCCCCAUGCAAGAAGUCGUGCUCGCUGCAUACCACCUGCGCCAACUGCACCAGCCAGGCCAUGGAGUGUAUGUGGUGCAGCAGCGCGCGCCGCUGCGUGGACUCUUCUGCCUACGUCAUCUCCUUCCCCUACGGACAGUGCCUGGAGUGGCAGACCGGAGACUGCCUGGCCCAGAACUGUUCUGGCUUGCGUACCUGCGGCCAAUGCCUGGAGCAGCCUGAGUGCGGGUGGUGCGGCGACCCCAGCAGCACGGGGAAGGGCCUGUGCACGGAGGGCUCCUUCCGGGGACCCGUCAAGAGGGGCCCGUCCCCUUCCUCCGACGCCACCCUGGAGCCGGGCCUCUGCCCCAAAGACAAAGGCUACGAGUGGACCUUUAUUCACUGCCCCGCGUGCCAGUGCAACGGCCACAGCACGUGCAUCAACGGCAGCGUGUGCGAGCAAUGCCGCAACUUGACCACCGGUCCUCACUGUCAGACCUGCAUGGCUGGUUACCACGGCGACCCCACCAACGGCGGAAAAUGCCAAGCCUGUAAGUGCAACGGCCACGCCAAUAUGUGCCAGGUGCUAACUGGCAAGUGCUUCUGCACCACCAAGGGCAUCAAGGGGGACCAGUGCCAGCUGUGUGACUCUGAAAACCGUUACCUUGGCAAUCCACUCAGAGGAACCUGCUACUACAACCUGUUGAUCGACUACCAGUUCACCUUCAGUCUCAUCCAGGAAGAUGAUAAUCACUACACGGCCAUCAACUUCAUGGCAUCACCUGAGCAGGCCAACAAGAACUUGGACAUGUCUAUUAACGCUUCCAACAACUUCAACCUCAACAUCACCUGGUCUGUCGGGUCCACAGCGGGCACCAUCUCCGGCGAGGAGGUCGCCAUCGUGUCCAAGAGCAACAUCAAGGAAUACCGAGACAGCUUCUCCUGCGAGAAGUACACCUUCAGGAGCAAUCCCAACAUCACUUUUUACGUCUACGUCAGUAACUUCUCCUGGCCCAUCAAGAUUCAGAUUGCAUUUUCCCAACACAACAGCAUCAUGGACCUCGUGCAGUUCUUCGUGACCUUCUUUAGUUGUUUUCUAUCGCUUCUGCUGGUGGCGGCGGUGGUGUGGAAGAUCAAGCAAACCUGCUGGGCUUCGCGCCGUCGAGAGCAACUGAUGAGGGAGCGUCAACAAAUGGCCAGCCGUCCCUUUGCUUCAGCCGCCGUCGUGAUCGACGCCAGAGGAGGCCAGUCCAGCGAGAUGCUGCAGCCGCUUUCCGAUGGUGCCCCGAAACCCGUUGCCAUGGAGCCGUGUUCUGGAGGCAAAGCGGCCGUGUUGACUGUGCUCAUGCGGCUGCCUUCAGGACCCGCCAACUUGCCCCCGCCAGGACAGUCAGGUUUGAUCGUGGCCAGCGCGCUGAUCGACGUUUCUCAGCAGAAAGCCUCGGAUUUUAAGGAAAAGUCGCUGGCGUCCAAGAACCGAAAAGCCCUCGCUCCGACACACCAGGGCACCUGCGUCUGA